AAGAGAAACUGCAGCUACAGAAGGGAGAAAUCACGGCAGAAUCAUCGAGAAAACUGAAAAAUGAGACCUAGAAUGAAGUAUUCGAACUCCAAGGUUUCCCCGGCAAAGUUCAGCAGCACCGCAGGUGAAGCCCUGGUCCCGCCUUGCAAAAUAAGAAGAUCCCAACAGAAGACCAAAGAAAUCUGCCAUGUCUACUGCAUGAGACUCCGUUCUGGCCUCACCAUAAGAAAGGAGACUGGUUAUUUUAGGAAAGAACCCACGAAAAGAUAUUCACUAAAAUCGGGUAUCAAGCAUGAACAGAACUUCUCUGCCUAUCCACGGGAUUCUGGGGAGAGAUCCCUGCUUGGCAGUAUCCAAGCAUUUACUGCGUCUGUUGACACAUUGAGCAUCCAAGGAACUUCACUUUUAACACAAUCUCGUGCCUCCCUGAGUACAUACAAUGACCAAUCUGUUAGUUUUGUUUUGGAGAAUGGAUGCUAUGUGAUCAAUGUUGAUGAUUCUGGAAAAGACCAAGAACAAGACCAGGUGCUACUACGCUACUAUGAGUCUUCCUUUCCCGCAAGUCAAUCAGGCGACAGUGUGGAUGGGAAGAAGCUGAUGGUGAACAUGAGUCCCAUCAAAGACACAGACAUCUGGCUGCAUGCCAACGACAAGGACUACUCCGUGGAGCUUCAAAAGGGUGACGUCUCGCCUCCGGAACAGGCCUUCUUCGUCCUUCACAAAAAGUCCUCUGACUUUGUUUCAUUUGAAUGCAAGAAUCUUCCUGGCACAUACAUAGGAGUAAAAGAUAACCAGCUGGCACUAGUGGAGGAGAAGGAUGAGAGCCGCAACAAUAUCAUGUUUAAGCUCUCGAAAAUCUAAUGCGACAAAAAGCCUGUGGGUUCUGGGUUGAAUGACUGAAUGCUUCCAACUGAAGAAAGAGUAACAGAGAGAAAGAAAGCCAUUCUUGGCUUA